AUGCUGCGACGAGAUCCGACACUAAUCCAGAUUGACCAGUCCGCCGUCAAGGAAGUAAAAGCCGCGCUCGAUGCUAAACUCCAAGAGUCGUCUAUGGUAGAGGACGACAGCAUGCUCCUCGACGCAUCAGAUGCCACCAGGAAACCUUACAACGCAGUAGAAGAGGAAAAGAAGCGAAAGGCAGCCCUCAGUCGAAAUCAGCGAAUGGGAAUCGCAGAUGCAUAA